AUGCAAAAUUCUGUGGUCAUGCGACUUUGGAAUCGAGGCAGAAACCGUGGGAAGCUGAGCAAAGUCCUUGGAGCCCUCGCAAGCCUCGCUGCUCUGGCGCCGGGCCGUGCAUUUUCUGCCCCAUAUCGCAGCGGACGUGUUGCCCGAGCUGCGGAGCAAAGAUCUUCGAGCGAUGUAAACGACGUUCCGUUUGCGCUGAUCUUGCCUGGAUUUUUGGGAAGUUGCGAAGACUUUGAAGAUUUGGCAGAAGACAUGCGACGGGCUGGCUAUGCUGCCGCAGUUGCUCCCAUUGCUUGGUGGCACUGGGUGCCAUGCAUUGGUGGACGAAGCAUGCGGCCCAUUCUCGAACGAAUCGAUCAUGCAGUGAAUCAAGUCUUAACGAGCGAUUUCAAGGUAAAGUCCCUGGCAUCGCCCUCGUACACCAUCAUGGACUUUUUCUCCGACUUCAUGUCGAAUCCGGGUGGUAUUUUUCAGGUGGGUGGCACCGAUGAUCCCGCAGAGUUUCCACCAGUGAAGCCAGCAGGUGAUUUCCGCUGCGACAUCCCGGGGAAAGGACAACGGAUUGCAAUUGUGGCCCAUUCUGCAUCUGGUUGGAUCUCUCGGCUCUUCCUAUCUUCCUUGGAAUAUCAGGGCAGGAGCUUCCAUGGAGCUGACAAAAUACAUUCAUUGGUCUGCCUGGGCUCACCACAUUUCGUGGCAAACAACCUGGUUUAUAAGAAUCUUGAAUAUUUGGAGAGCAAAUGUGGGAAGGAUUUGCCUCCCAACGUUCGGUGCCUUUGCGUGGGAUCCAAAGGAAAUGUGAUUUCUGAAGCAUCGGACAUGACACGUGGUGCCUAUGAGUUCUGUGGCGCGACACCAGGGGAUGAGGCUGUGGAUGGUGAUGGUAUGACACCGCUCUUUUCGGCCAUUGCCUUUGAGGCGGCAGACAAAUUGGUGCUGGAAAAUGUCUCGCAUGCUCCAGUGUAUCCUGCAUUUGGACCCAGCGCAGAACUUGCGAAGGAGCGCCGUACAAAACCCUGGUAUGGAAGUCCAUCAGUCUUGCAACAAUGGUUGCCGUGGUUGACCAAAAAUCCAUUGGACUGAUUUUUAUUUAUUUAAGAACAAAAA